GCACAGAAUAGGCAAAAACAGCUUCACGAUAGAAAAAUUCAGAAUAUUACUGAAUUUGGAAUAGGGGAAAAAGUAUUGGUGUACCGUGCAUCCCGACAAUAUAAUCGUAGCGUAAAGCUUGAACCGAAAUGGUCAGGCCCAUACUACAUUCAUCAGGUUUUUGACUGGAAUGUAGUCAAGUUGCGCACAAUGGAAGGUCAAGUCGUAUCAACCCCAAUUAGUACUAGUCUAAUUAAAAAGGAUAUAACCUCUCCAGUCCCUUCUGGUGUUCUUGUAACUCCACCUCCAGUUGUGGCACUACCUCCAUUUGCGGAGACCCAUGAUCUCAUAGAAAGCGUGGACGUGACUCGUACGGCCUUGCUGCAGGCCAUUCGAUUGAAAAAUAGAAUCGAAAUGUUAGUAUUGGCCUACUACCUCAGCAUGUUAUUUGUAACUGCCACUCCCACUCAGCAAGGAGCCAUCCGAAGAAAAGUAACUCGACAUUAUUACCUUGCGGCUAGGCAUGUCUACAAUCUAUUUGCUCCUCUUGGGUUCAGCAAAUUUAUGGCACCACUAUGGUUACUUUUAAUACAUUUAGGCUGCUAUUGA